CCUUGGUGCUGACCCGCUGCCUCUCCUGGUUCCCAGGCACCCCAGCCUGCGGUCCAUGUGCAGGGGCAGGAGCCCCUGACCGCCUCCAUGCUGGCUGCAGCACCCCGACAGGAACAGAAGCAGAUGCUGGGAGAACGUUUGUUCCCGCUCAUCCAAACCAUGCAUUCGAACCUGGCUGGGAAGAUUACGGGAAUGCUGCUGGAGAUCGACAACUCCGAGCUGCUGCACAUGCUGGAGUCCCUCGAGUCUCUCCGCUCCAAGGUGGAUGAAGCUGUGGCCGUUCUACAGGCUCAUCAUGCCAAGAAAGAAGCUGCCCAGAAGGUGGGCGCUAUUGCUGCUGCUACCUCUUAGACAAGGAAAAACCACUUCAAAAGCCAU